UCACACUUCUCUCUCUGAAACACAAACAAGUACGUACACACGCUUUGAUAUUCAUGGAUCAGUUUGAGGUUGAUCAGUCGUUAUCUUCAUCAUCUUCGUCGUCUUCAUCUUCUUGCUUGUGCCAACCUCCUCCAUGCAGCCCAAGGAAUAACCCUAAUUCUCCAUCACAAGCGUCGUCAGUACUAGUACUGUCGUCACGUGCAUCCCACAAGCGGAAAGCCGGAAGAAAGAAGUUCAAAGAGACGCGGCACCCGAUAUACAGGGGAGUCAGGCAAAGAAAUGGCCAGAAAUGGGUUUGCGAAGUACGUGAGCCGAACAAGAAGACAAGAAUAUGGGUAGGGACAUUUCCCUCCCCGGAAAUGGCCGCUAGGGCACAUGACGUGGCCGCCUUAGCCCUACAGGGUAGUUUGGCGGUGCUCAAUUUUGUUGACUCCGCUUGGCUUGUUCCGCGAGCCGAGUCGUCUACACCUAAGGACAUACAAGCGGCCGCCUACACUCUUCUGAGAGGUAAUAUGUGCAGCCAACAAAAGGUUCUGGAAGCUUCUUUGGUGAACGUGCAUUGUCCAGAGUUGGAUGUUUUGUGUGGAGAGGGCUCUGAGGAGGUCCCUAAACAGCCUAGGACGACGUUGUUCUUGGACGAGGAGGCAUUGUUCAAUAUGCCAGGCUUGUUGGACAGCAUGGCAGAGGGGCUGAUUCUUACCCCACCAGCCAUGCGAAGAGGAUUUGAUUGGGAUGACUGGGCAGAAGGUGACAUGGACUUGCCUUUAUGGGACUGACUUCUUUUUUUUUUUUUCUUUUUAAUUAUAAUUAUAAUUAGGUUGCACUGCUGAUCGAGAGAAUAGAGCAAUAAAAGUGAAAACUAUAUAUGAUUAGAAAAGAGCGACCUCAAUUACUGCAAGUAUUUUCUGUUUUUUCUUUUUCUUUUUUAAAUUAUUAUUAUUUAUUUAUAAAUUGACGCGUAAAAUUUACAUAGCAUUUGUCAUAUCAAUUACAAGCUAAUUAAAUUUGACUGUAUUUGAUGGAGUAGUCUCAC